UAUAUUUCCACUCUAAUAUUUUUUAUCAAAAACUUGUAUUCUAAAACAGUUUGAAUAUGGGUACGUUCAAUUUCAAGUUUUCACUUACCAUACUCUUCUUGGUUUUCAGCGUAUCUCAGGCGUUCUUUCUCGGAAACUGGCAGGAAAUACAUUUGAGAAAACAUGGCCUUUCGCAAAAAACCCUCAAUGCUGUACAUAGGGAAAUCUGCGCUCAUAAAUGUGGACAUGGAUUUGGAUUAUUUUUCUUUAAAAAUAAAUUUUAUUGCGCUACAGUAUGUAGGGAUGUGUUAAACGAAAGUUCAACUACUACGACCACAGCAUCUUCCUCAACACCAUCAUCUACAACUUCCACUGCAUUGUCCUCAACAUCACCAUCAACAGAUUCAUCAACGUCGUCUUCAACACCGUCAUCAACAACGUCCACAACAUCGUCUUCAACAUCAUCCUCAACGACAUCAUUGACAUCGGACCCAACAACAACUACUACAGAUUCUGUUGGAAAUUAAUUUUGUUUAAUUUACAAACGUUUCGUUGUUCUCGUAUAUAAUAAAAAGUCAUACAGAUAAUUAAAAAUAUCCACAA